AUGGUCUCCCGAAAAUCUAUCUACUUUUGUGAGAUCCUGCCUCUAUGGUUCAUGGCGCACAACCUGUUAUUAAAUGGAGAAGUCAUCAGCAGCAUAGAGCAAGGACUGUGUGUCCUCAUCGGUAUAUCCACCAAUGACACCAUCAAAGAUAUGGAGUACAUAGUGAAGAAGCUGCUCAGUGUAAAACUUUUUGACGAUGAAACCAACACUAAGUGGAAGAAGACUGUAGUAGACAAAGAUUAUGAAUUGCUGUGUGUCAGUCAAUUCACCUUAUACAACACAUGGAAGGGCAAUCGACCUGACUUCCACAAUGCAAUGUCUGCAGAGAAAUCCAAAGAAUUUUAUGAAAAAUUCCUUCAAAUGUUAAAAGAUUCAUAUCAACCUGAAAAAAUUAAAGAUGGCCAAUUCGGUGCAUACAUGCAAGUAUCAAUCCAGAACGACGGACCAGUCACGUUUGAGAUCGAAUCUCCCAUCAACGUAAAGAAGGAAAAAUCAAGGAGCAGAGCGGAGCAAGAAGUACCUCAAGUCAAUUUAAGUGAAUUAGAAGAAGAACUUAAAGGUUAAGCGAUUUAAUUCCGUUUUUAAAGCAAUAAUUAUAGGUCUUUUGUAAAUAUUUCAGCCGUAGGGACUCUUUGUUAUUUAUUAUUAGUUAGUAAUUUUUUUCUUGUGUAAGGGGCAUAGCAAACGGCGAUCGGCGAUUUUGCGUCUGUUCGCCGAUGCUAAAAGUCGCAUGUGAGCUAUUGUGACUCUAAGUAACGUUACUUGUUGUUGUUUCCAAUUUCAAUGUCUUACAAGCAGUUACCAUCAGGUAUUAUAUUGCGAAACUGAAG